CCUGAGAGGAGUACACCUGGAUCCAACGAGACGGAAGUUCACUGGCAAUCUUUGAGCAAAUCUUUUGACUUUUUUUUUUUUUUGGGCUUCUCCAGGAAGAAAAGUUUUGUUUGACGUGAAAGCGAUGGUUUCCAGCUAAAGCGAGAUGGCGUUUGUUUAAUUUUCAGAGAGCAGUUUAAAGGACGUUGUUAGCCUUAACUUGUUGGUCAGCGAUUCAUGGUGCGCUGUAUUUUUUUGCUGAGGGAAUCCAGACCCGAGGUUGUUUGCUGAUUUCACCAGCCGGUUUUAAAUAUGUGAUUUUUCAAUGGAGCACAGGAAGCUUCACGCCUACCUUUUUAUUACCAAAAGCUGAAUCUCAAUCCAAAGCCAGCCUGCUCUACAUUCAAAAAGAAUGCCAGUUCUUCGCAGAGUACUCCGAAGGCGCCUGCACCCACUGAAACUUCUCAUAGUGGCUCUUGUCUUUGUCACAUUUGUGUUCUUCAUACAAUGGGAAGUCGGAAGCCAAAGCCAACAGGAGGACCCGUGGCUGAAGGAAAUGGCAGUGAAGCGGGAUGCCAUGCUGGGAAUGGUGAUGGGAGCUGUCAAUAACUUCAGGGAUGCAAUGCCAAAGAUGCAGAUCAGAGCCCCUGUACGUCAUCAGGAGAAAGCAGACGGCACGUCUUGUCUGCCAGGUCACUACACUGCUGCUGAGCUCAGGCCAGCUCUGGAGCGGCCACCCCAGAACCCUCUUGCCCCCGGAGCUGCUGGGAAACCUUUCAACACUGACUCGCUGAGCCCCAAUGAGCAAAAGGAGAAGGAGAGGGGUGAAGAGAAACACUGCUUUAACUUGUAUGCAAGUGACCACAUCUCUCUGAGCAGAGACCUGGGUGCAGACACAAGACCACCAGAAUGCAUUGAGCAAACCUUCAAGCGAUGCCCCCCCUUGCCGACCACCAGUGUGAUAAUUGUGUUUCACAAUGAGGCCUGGAGCACUCUGCUAAGGACGGUAUACAGUGUCCUUCACACCUCCCCCGCCAUUCUCCUCAAAGAGAUCAUCCUGGUGGAUGACGCCAGCGUAGAUGAUGAGUUAAAGGACAAGCUGGAUGAUUAUUUGAAGCAGCUGAACAUUGUACGAGUCAUGCGCCAGCGAGAGAGAAAAGGACUUAUAACUGCUCGGCUCCUGGGUGCCUCCGUGGCGACCGGUGACACACUCACCUUUCUGGAUGCUCAUUGUGAAUGCUUUAAUGGAUGGCUGGAACCUCUGCUGGCUAGGAUAGCGGAAAACUACACUGCAGUAGUGAGUCCUGAUAUUACUACUAUUGAUCUCAAUACUUUUGAGUUCAUGAAACCGUCCCCUUAUGGCCAGAAUCACAAUCGGGGGAACUUUGAUUGGAGUCUUUCAUUUGGUUGGGAGAGCCUACCAGAUCAUGAGAAGCGAAGGAGGAAGGAUGAAACGUAUCCAAUCAAGACUCCCACGUUUGCUGGUGGGCUCUUCUCCAUCUCCAAAGAAUAUUUCUACCGUAUCGGAAGCUAUGAUGAAGAAAUGGAAAUCUGGGGUGGGGAGAAUAUCGAAAUGUCCUUUAGGGUAUGGCAGUGUGGAGGACAGUUGGAGAUAAUUCCUUGUUCCAUUGUUGGUCAUGUUUUCCGCACCAAAAGUCCACACACCUUUCCUAAGGGCACACAAGUGAUUGCUCGCAAUCAGGUGAGACUGGCUGAAGUCUGGAUGGAUGACUACAAAGAGAUCUUUUACCGACGUAACCAGCAAGCUGCGCAGAUCGCAAAAGAUGGAGCUUUUGGCGAUAUCUCCAAACGUGUGGAACUCCGUGAAAAGCUGCAGUGCAAGAGCUUCUCCUGGUAUUUGCAGAACGUUUAUCCAGAAGUCUUCAUGCCUGAUCUCAACCCACUUCGCUUUGGCUCAGUGAAAAAUGUGGGCAAGGACUCAUGUCUGGAUGCUGGGGAGAACAAUGAGGGUGGGAAACAGCUGAUCAUGUACCCAUGUCAUGGUCUAGGAGGAAACCAGUAUUUCGAGUACUCCACACAUCACGAGAUUAGACACAACAUUCAGAAGGAGCUGUGUUUGCACGGGGCGGAGGGGGCUGUGAAGCUGGAGGACUGCCAGUACAAAGGCAAAAAGACAGUGGUGGGAGCAGAGCAAAAAUGGGAACUGAAGGAUAACCAGUUAUUCUACAAUCCUGGAUGGAACAUGUGUCUGAGUGCCCAUCACGAGCAUCCUUCUCUGGCUCUUUGCAACCCUUCUGACAAAUACCAGCAUUGGUCCUUCGUCUGACUGCACAAAAUACCACUUUAGAAAAAGCUAAUCUGUGUGAGGAACA